UCCCUGCCACACACGACUGGACAGCCGACAACAGCAGCCCCACCAUGAAGCUGCUGAUGGUCCUCCUGCUGGUCGCCUUCCCCCUCUACUGCUCCGCAGGUUCUGGCUGCCGAAGACUCGAGGACAUAAUUAACAAGCUAUUGGAUAAAAACAUGUCCGUGUCUGAAUUCAAAAAUGACUUGAGAGAGUUUAUACACCAUCAUUACAGCUCAGAGGCCGUUGGGGAGUUUAAACAGUGUUUUCUCAACCAGUCAGAUGAAACUCUGAAAAAUAUUGGAUCGCUGAUGCAAAUAAUAUAUGACAGCAGGUGGUGUAGACCCUUUUAACUUUCCACAAGACCUUUGGCUCAGACACUGCAGACAGACUAUGGUCAGAACCUGACUUCUGAUUGCUGGAAACCACAAUUUUCUUUCUUCUUUUGUUCUUUUAAGUGGAAACUGCAAGACAAUUGUUGAAACCUUACAUACAUUUUCAUUUCAAUAAACUAAC